AUGUUGCGAGUGAAGGAAUCUAUACGCGAGCUGCUUUUGGAUAUACAGCGUGAAGAGUACGAUGCGGUCGAACAAUUCAACGAACAGCUUAACAAAUUGAUGGUACAGCUAAAUGGCACGUUAUCCGAGCUUGCCGACAAACGAAGAGAAGUGCUCACAGAUACCAAUCUCCUAAAGGCAACCGUGAAAACAAAAUUGACCAACGUGGAACGCCGACUCGCUGAAAUGUCCUUGUACGAACUACCAGGAAUUAUACGACCCGUAGAUGAACGAUAUCAGCAGCAUGGUACUCCUGUUUGGCCUAAUUUUUGGUUAUAUGCCUUGCUUGGCUGCGUCGUUACAAGAAAACGACUAUCGAGCUUGGACAGGCAUAUGUUUGGAUUCUUGCGUGACAUCAGGUGUAACCCAAUCGAGGGAGAUGACAUUCUAGAUUCCUUCGAAAUUGAGUUCCAUUUCGCCGACAACCCCUUCUUCCUGAACAAGUCACUUAAACGUCGGUUCCGGCUUAACGAGUAUGAAGAGGAACCUUCCGCAACUCCGAUAGAAUGGAAGGACACUGCGGAGAAUCUCGCGGACGAGGUUUCUUCUUUUAUUUCGGAUUUCGACGGGGACAAUUGCGGGGGAGGCACUGCUUCGUGCGGGAGCUUCUUGGACUUCUUUCAGCCGUUCAAGGAUGAGCCUAACGACAUCAAAAUAGCUAUUACAAUCAGAGAACGGAUAGCCCGAGACCCUCUCAAGUACGCAAUGCGAUACGAAAGUGCCAGGAAAGGGGAAGAAGUUGAGUACACCGAUACCGAGGAAGAAGAGGCACCCAACCAUGGUGACGUGGGCGCCAGGUACCCGUUUUCAUGGUUGUUCUGA